CAGGAAAUUGGAUCAAAUACUGUAUUUUCAAAUGCACCUGUUGUUGAUUAUGGGGACGUUUUGAUUUUAGCAGUAAAACCACAAGUUGUUCCGAUGGUCCUUCCGGAUUUAAAAAAUUACAGAAAACUUUUACUUUCUAUUGCUAUGGGUAUUCCAUUAGCGUCGUUAGAAAAGGCUGUGCCAAACGGAACACCGGUAAUCAGAGUAAUGCCCAAUACACCAGCCAUUGUAGGUUGCGGUGCUA